AUGCAGCUGCUCAGGCAGUUCCUCCUCCUGCCUCUCUUCACUGCUCUGGCUCUCUCUGAAAGCAAAGAAUUCACAGGGGUGCCUCGCUGUGGGGCUUCACUUCAUGAGCCCAACAAAGCAUUAAGGAUUGAACUAAAUGCAAAUGCAAGCUGCACCUGGCAAAUCCAGAGGAAUGCAAAUCAAACAAUUAGGCUCAUUUUCUCCUAUUUUAAAUUUGCUCCUUCUUCAAGCUGUGAAACAGAAAGCAUUAAAGUGUUUGAUGGUCCCUCCGCUGCUUCAGCUCUCCUUGGACAAGUGUGUGAUGGCACAGAUGCAGUCCCAGUGCUUGAAUCAUCCUCAGACAGUUUAACUUUUCUCAUAACAACCAACUCCGUGGCUUUCACACGAAACUUCUUUGUCUACUACUACUUCUUUUCACCAGGAUCAAAAACCGAAAACUGUGGGGGACAAUUAACUGGUCCCAAUGGGACAUUCAGCAGCCCCAACUACCCAGCACCUUACCCUCAAUUCAGAUACUGUGUCUGGCACAUACAAGCACCAAAAAACUCAAAGAUAAGCUUGGAGUUUCAAGAUUUUUUCCUGGAAUUGGACAGAAACUGCCAGCUUGACUUCACAGCAGUCUAUGAUGGCCCCACCACUGACUCUGGGCUCUUGGGGAAAGUGUGUGGGCGUGCCCAGCCCACCUUUGAGUCUGCUUCCAACAUGAUGACAGUUGUGCUGUCCACAGAUGACACCAACUCCUACAGAGGAUUUUCAGCUCAGUAUUCCACUGCUCCCCUGCCAGGCCCCAUGGAGCCCAACACAAGCCUUACAUGCUCCUCAGACAGCAUGAGAAUUGUUCUGAGCAAGUCUUACCUGGCCUCCCUUGGCUUUAGGGAAGCUCACCUGCAGCUGAACGAUCCAUCUUGCAGACCAGUUGUAACAGAUUCAGUGAUCUUCUCCUUCCCAUUGGCCAGCUGUGGAACAAUUAAAAAGGAUGAAGGGCACAGCAUCACUUACACCAACACCAUCUCCCUGGCUCCAGCUGGCAGCGCCAUCACCCGCCACAGGAACACCGAGAUCACUGCUCAGUGCACAAUGAGCAACAACGAAACCUUGGAGCUCAUCUACACCACGACAAACAAUGCCAUCCAAAACCUGGCUGCUUGGGGGAGGUACAACGUCAGCAUGGCCUUCUACGAGUCAGAUUUGUUCUCCAAGCCCAUCCAGUACUCCCCAUACUACGUAGACUUGAACCAAACUCUCUUUGCUGAAGUGACUCUUCAUUCCACUGACCCAAACCUCCAGGUGUUCAUUGAUACCUGCACUGCAUCUCCACAGCCUGGUUUUGGAUCACUGACAUACGACUUAAUCAGGAGUGGCUGCAAUAAAGAUGACACUGUGGUAACCUACCCAGCAUUUGAAAACCAUGGAAGAUUCAAAUUUAGGGCCUUCAGGUUCCUGAGGAGCUUCCCAUCAGUUUAUCUCCAGUGUGACGUUGUGAUCUGUGACAGCAACACCACCAACUCCCGCUGUGCCAGAGGCUGCAUCUCCAGGCAGAAAAGAGCCAUCUCUCCCUACACGUGGAAAACUAACACUGUGGUGGGUCCCAUCCGCCUGAAAAGAGAUCUCAGGGCUGCUGAGCACUCAGAAUUCCUCACUGAAGUAGAAGCUGAAAAAACACCAAACCUGCAACAAUACAACUUCUACACUCUGGCAUUUGUGGUUUUAAUUUCAAACAUUCUCAUUGUGGUAGCUGUGAUACUGAAGCAUCACAAGCACCAGGUAGGAUACGGCAAUCAAGAUGUCCAGAGGUCAUUUUAACUACUUCUGGACAAUUCUAUUUAGUGUCAACUGCUGUUCAUAUUUGUCACCCAGAGAGGGAAGAGGGAAAAGAUAAAAAAUCAUUAACAGCAUUGGAACUCAACAAUACUCAGAAAUUCAUUUCAACUUCUUUGGUUAUCAAAUAAAAAAAUCCAAACCCAAGACCGUCUCAAUUUAAUACUUUAUCUCAAGUCACUGAGUUGAAAAAGUGUGUUUACCUCAGGAUAGGCUACACCUUUACAGGUAUGAAGUACAAGAUAAUUAAGAUCCUUUCAUCUAAAAAAAAAAUACAUUUUUUCCCCUUUUUUAAACUGCACCUGGCAGGAGUUAUGAUCAGGGACAAGUGCAAGAUGCCUUUUCAGAUCAGAUUAUCCUCUCUUCCAAACCAGCUUCUGUGUGUUUGCUACCACCAGGAUCUGACAGUCUUCAAAAUACAUCAGUUUUCCUGGAAAAGGAAGUAUCAGGCAGAGUAAAUAAUGAUAAUGGCUUGGACAUGCUUAUGCAUGCUUUUGAGCCAACACUUGCUUCCCCCAUCAACAGCUUUUGCCAGGAAUGUUUGUGCACCCAACUGAGGGGUUUACCAUGAACUCCCUACACCCUCCAAUUUACACCCCAGAAUCCAAGGGCAGCAAACAGAAUGAAGUUUGAAACUCAACCUGCCACAGAAGAGGGAUUUGGAGUCACAUUCCUACCUCCCCAAAUGACAGCAAAACUGAUCCCAACGGGUUAAAGGAAAUGUGAUGCAGUAAGGAAAACUCCUCUGGUCGUCUGGAGCUACCCCAGCACACCCUGUCUGGGAGCAACAUCCACUUGAGAGGAACCAUGGAUGAAGUACUUGCACUUCUUAGGAUAACGAAACCUGGAUAAAGUCUGCUGAGUUCGCGUUCAUUGCACUUGCUCCUGCACACUCAGCUAGUUUAGGAGGGAGAGAAGCAGCACAGUCUUGUUUUAGGUAUCUCUUAAGGAGCCUAGACUCCUAAUUUAGGUGCCUGUACAGCCAACAAGGCUUCCAAAGAACCCAGGCUGGGUUCACAUUCCCUCAGCUUUCUUUGCAAAGACAGCUCCAUAAACUGCCCAAAUUAGGCAAUGACAAUCCAACCUUCCUUU